AUGCCUCAGAAAGAAGUCUGCCCGCAAGGGUACCAACAAGUGCCUGUGCCAGCAGCACACAAGGAAACCUCGCUACAUCUUCGCUCGACCAGCACCAAAGGCGAAUUCGACUUCACCUUCGAGGCCGUCCGCCAGAACCUGUUCCGAGUGACAUUCACCUCGGUGGACCGUCCCAUCCCGCCGUAUCCCAGCGUCACAAGGCCGGCCACCGAUCUACACAAUGUGAAUGUCUUCACCAAGACCGAUACCUGCUCCAAGACAAUCACUGUCGGCGAUAUUACCGCCUCGAUAGAAUGGGCUCAUAGCCCUGUUCUCUCACUAUUCUGGACAGGCUCCGAUGACAAGCCCCUACACCGCGAUCUGCCAUUGCGCUCAUACGUUGCCGACUCAGCGGGGAUCGCGCACUACUCGCAGCACGACCAGGCCGCGCUCCAUGUCGGAUUGGGUGAGAAGCAAGCGCCGAUGGACCUCACCGGUCGCAAUUUCUUGCUCUCUGCCACAGACUGUUUUGGAUACGAUGUGUACAACUCCGAUCCGCUCUACAAGCAUAUUCCGUUGCUGAUAAAGGCCACGCCCGAAGGCUGCGUGACUUUGUUCUCGACGACCCAUGCUCGAGGCAUGUGGUCUGUUGGUUCAGAAAUCGACGGGCUGUGGGGUCGCUUCAAGGUGUAUCGCCAGGACUACGGGGGGCUAGAGCAGUACCUGAUUGUCGGCAAGACGAUCGAGGAUGUAGUCCGGUGCUAUGCCGAGCUCGUGGGGUUCCCGUUGCUUGUGCCUCGGUGGGCAUACGGGUAUAUCUCCGGUGGAUACAAGUACACGAUGAUCGAUGAGCCGCCGGCGCAUGUCGGUCUGCUUGGGUUUGCGGAGAAGCUGAAGAAACACGGCAUCCCGUGCUCCGCGCACCAGAUGAGUUCCGGGUACUCCAUUGCAGAGACGGAACCUAAAGUCCGCAACGUCUUUACCUGGAAUAAACACCGCUUCCCGAGCCCCGAGGAGUAUAUUGCCAAGAUGCACGCGCAUGGCAUUCGGCUGAUAACAAAUAUCAAGCCGUUCCUGCUGGCAUCUCAUCCAGACUUUCAGAAACUGGUGGAUGCAGGGGGCCUCUUCAGAGACCCCGAUACUAAAGAGCCCGGAUAUAUGCGUCUAUGGAGUGCCGGGGGUGGUACUGGUGGCGACGGAUGCCAUAUUGACUUCACAUCCGAGGUAGCCUUCAAAUGGUGGUACGACGGGGUGCAGAGUCUGAAGCGCGUUGGAAUUGAUGGCAUGUGGAACGAUAACAACGAAUACACGCUUCCUAGCGACGACUGGACGCUAGCUCUCGACGAGUCUUUGGUGGGCAAGAAGAAUGUCGAGAACUCGGUUGGUCUGUGGGGACGGGCAAUGCACACGGAGCUGAUGGGCAAGUCUUCGCACGAUGCUCUGCAGGAUAUGGGGCCCAAGCUGCGUCCGUUUGUCUUGACUCGAAGUGCAACGGCGGGGACACAGCGGUAUGCGGCUAGUUCCUGGAGCGGAGACAAUGUCACCAGCUGGGAGAGCAUGAAGGGUGCAAAUGCGUUGUCCUUGAAUGCUGGGAUGUCCUUGUUGCAGCCCUCACCCGAACUUCUCCUCCGCUGGAUCCAGCUAGGAAUCCACUCCCCUCGAUUCGCAAUCAACUGCUUCAAAACCUCACCGGACAACUCCUCCGUUGGCGAGGUAAUCGAGCCGUGGAUGUACCCCGAGAUCACACCGCUAGUGCGCGACACGAUCAAGCGGCGUUACGAAAUGCUGCCGUACAUCUACUCCUUAGGACUGGAGAGCCACCUGAGCGCAAAACCGCCGCAGCGCUGGAUCGGAUGGGGCUUCGAGUCCGAUCCGGAGGUAUGGACGAAGCAGCUUAAAAGGGGCGAGGAGGAGUUCUGGUUCGGCGACAGCAUUCUGGUGGGAGGUGUGUACGAGGCCGGCGUCACAGAAGCAAAGGUGUAUCUCCCACGCCGGAGCGGGGAUUACGGGUAUGUGAACAUGAAUGCGCCGUACGAGUACUUCGCUUCUGGGCAGUGGGUGUCUAUCCGUUCUGAAUGGAGGGAGAGCAUCCCCGUGAUUGCGCGGAUCGGGGGCGCGAUCCCCGUUGGCAAGCCCGUUCACACGCGGGUUCCCGGGGAUGAGACGGCUGCAUCGCAGGCGGUGCAGGAAGUGGAUGAUUACCGUGGUGUGGAAAUCUUCCCGCCGAAGCGUAGCUCGCACGGCAAUGUCUUUGUGAGCACUUGGCAUGAGGAUGAUGGGAUCUCGCUCCAUCCGGCGAUGGCAUCUUAUACUGUCAGCUAUAGUUCGACAGAGGAGAAAGUGCUGGUGGACUUUGUUCGGGAUGAGGAGAGUGGGUUUGUUCCUGCUUGGAGGCAUCUAGAUAUCAUUUUGCAUCAUGAGGAUCAGAGGCGCGUGGUCUCGACAUCGGGGCAGGAGGUGUUGUACAAGGGAUGCGAUGCCCGGGGUCGUGAGGUGUAUACCAUCAAGAUGUGA